CACUUGCGCCUGAGGAAGCCUCCUUGCGCAGCAGUGAUGACAUGCCUGGCAGCUUCAGCUUGGCGCGCGCGGGUGCCGGAGCAGGUGGCGGCGACGCCUGCUUGGGCGGCGUGAGGAAGAAGCCGCAGUCCACCAGGCUGCGCAGCGGGCCCGCGUCACAGAACUCCUGGAUGAUGAGCAGGCGCCAGCCGCCGCCCUGCUGCGACAGCUCCGGGGACAGGGACGCCAGCUCGUGCUGCACCUCGCGCAGCUCGUACGAGUAGGUGUUGAUGUUCGGGGUAUCCGGUCAGCCAACAGGGCAAACACCAUGCAGUGACACGGCCAUACGCCGGAGUACUUAUGCGCACAGCGUGCGCAUAUAGCUUGCUUGAAAUAUCAUAGUGAUAAGCCCUGUAUAUGUGUAAGGUGACGACUCUCGUAUACAGUAACCUGAAGCCGUAACUAGCAACAACGUGCGUGAGACACGAUAGUCGAGACACUAGUUUGAGCCCCUAGAACGUUCCUCUCAGCCCGGGAAUGCUCUAAACCUCAACAGGUUAUGAGCCCCGACGCUCACGCUGUCGCGAGAAUCUUGUAGGGCUGAACGAGUUGUUUUAGCCGCCGCCGACAGAGAGUCCGCAGGCAUUAGAAUAUCUGGCGAUUAGAAUAUCGCUCGAUACUAGUCAAGAAGCCGCGCGAGCUUCAUUCGCGUGGGAGACGCGAUUAUUAGUUAAGCCUUGUUUGCGUUAUCUGACGCAACGGGCGAUUCGGCUUUGUUCUGAGGCGUAUAUCGCUUUGGACACUGGGCCACAUGGAGCUUCAGCUCGCCUGAUGUCCCGUCGAUGGACAUGGACAUGCCAGGACAUGCCACGGACAUCGAGUGUUGAACCUCGACCCCAGAGAGCAUGUGGAGGCUAUGUCGAUCAGCGUGAAGUUGAUUGCAGAGUUUGAGCGGCUGCAGCAGCAGGACAUUCCGCAGCAGCAGUUAAAGGCCUGGAGCCAGCCUCGUUCCACACAGACCGUGGGAGCACACGAGAUGAGGGCUAUUGGGCUUUCGGGCAUACAUCUCUUUGCCAACCGGAACGAGUGCGUAGACAUGCGAAAGCAGAGAGCAUCUUUCCGGAGGGCAGGGAGUACGAGCAGCAAGGCAUCGGACGGCGCGGGUCCAGCUGGUGACGGUGUGGCUGACGUGAGUUGGAGCGUGACGGCUACCAAGAACGAGCGUUACAGCGAACAGACUGUGAGCUGGUGUGAGCCCAACCCGAUCUUCGAGAUUGAUUCAGUAGCAGGUGUGAAGUGGCAUGUGAAUGCUAUGUACGACGGUGAGGUCUCGUUGCCGUGCGGGACUGAAGAGUCUUGCAGUGAGGAGCAGGAGUGCAGGAGCACUGCGUCCGAUGGUGUGUGGGAGUCUGGUUCCGUACAUUCGGAAGCUGGGCUGAGUUCGUCUGGGUACGGUAUGGAGUAUGCACAGUCAUCUACGGCUGAUGUGAGCUCACAUAUCAAGGUAAUGGAUGAUGAGGGAAGCGCGUGCAGCGGUGUGCGCAAGGCUAGCAAGGCGUGGGAGCGUCGGUGGCACGCAUGUGUGCUGUAUGACGGGCGUGUCUACCCAUUCGACCCUGGCGGCCCUACUACGAUGAUGCUAUGGGGGUGGCAUGGCACUCUCAUGAUGGCAGGAUUCCGUGCGGCUUGAAUAUAUGCGUGAUCUGCUGGAGAAAUUCGGCAUGACGCACGCAGCGCCCAAAUCCAUACGGCUAGCCCCAUCGGCGGUUUUGGAGAAGGCAGCAGCGGCGAGUGAGGAGUUGCCAAAGGGCAAUAGGUAUGCGGAGCUAGUCGGAGGUUUGAUGUAUCUGGCGAUUGCGACACGGCCAGAUAUCAUGUUUGCCGUGGGAGCCCUCGCGCGUUUCAUGUCCGCGCCUACUGCGGCACAUUGGAACCUGGCGACAGGAGUCCUUCGUUACCUGGUUGGGACGGCGACGCAAGGGCUAGUCUACACGCGUGGGCAAGGAGAUGUGAUUGGCUGGUGUGAUUCAGAUUACGCCGGUGACCUGAGCAAGCGUCGGUCAACCACUGGCUUUGUCUUCACCUACAACGGCACAGCUGUUAGCUGGGCUAGUCGGUUGCAGGCUACGGUGGCGGUGUCAACCGUGGAGGCAGAGUACAUGGCGGCAUCAUUUGCGACCAAGGAGGCGCUAUGGUUGCGCAAGAUUCUGUCGGAGAUGGGCGUAGAGGUGGGCACGAUGUGCAUGCAGGGUGAUAAUCAGGGUGCGAUCGCGUGCAUGAAGAAUGCAAUUUCCUCGAUACGCACGAAGCACAUUGAUGUGCAGCACCAUUUUGUACGGCAGCGUGUGGAGCGCGGCGAGGUGCAGUUCCAUUACUGUCCCACAAGCCGCAUGGUGGCUGAUGCCCUAACCAAAGCGGUGCCAGAGGAUCGGUUCGUGCGGUGCCGGAUUGGCAUGGGUGUGCGCUAGAUGGACAGCGCAAGCAAUGACAACGUGACAUGCGUUCAUGACUGCGAUGGAAGACGAUGCGUGCAAUAGAACAGAUACGUAUUUGGCAGUUGUAUGCGUGUGAGGGACCGGUCUCUGACUUGCGGUUAUCUUGGCAGUGCGAACAGUAUGCGUGUGCAGUAUAGGUCAUGUUGCUUUGAUAGGUAACUUCGUGGACUAGUGCCUGUGCGUAGCGAGACGUAUUUUGCAUUGCUUGAUGAGUCCAUGGGCUGUAGUGAACAUGGGUUAGUUACUCGUGUGCGAAGAAUGGUGAGCAGGACGAUAGCUUACUCGAGUAGGGAUGUGUUUGCUAGUUGUCUGCCCGCGUGGGAGUGUUGAUGUUCGGGGUAUCCGGUCAGCCAACAGGGCAAACACCAUGCAGUGACACGGCCAUACGCCGGAGUACUUAUGCGCACAGCGUGCGCAUAUAGCUUGCUUGAAAUAUCAUAGUGAUAAGCCCUGUAUAUGUGUAAGGUGACGACUCU